ACAACUUAAAGUAUAUAUAAGCAAGCUCAGCUCUGCUGGAGACACACAGCAAGUGCUUUCCUUCCAACUCGAUUGCCUCCUUAUCUAGGCAAGAAGACCACAAAGUUCAGCAAUGGCUAUGACUGAUAUCCUCUCUGCUAAAGAUAUUGAAGCUGCUCUUUCCAGCUGCCAGGCUGCUGACUCUUUCAACUACAAGUCUUUCUUCUCCAAGGUCGGUCUAAAAGGCAAGUCUACUGACCAGGUAAAGAAAAUUUUUGGAAUCCUUGACCAGGACAAGAGCGGCUUCAUUGAGGAAGAUGAGCUUCAGCUGUUCCUGAAGAAUUUCUCCUCAGGUGCCAGAGCUCUAACUGAUGCGGAGACCAAGGCUUUUAUGGCUGCAGGUGACACUGACGGUGAUGGCAAAAUUGGAGUGGAUGAAUUCCAAGCUCUGGUGAAAGCAUAAAGAGCAUUAGACCAAAAGCAACAAUGGACAGUCUCUUCAAAUUCCCUCCUCCAACAAGCACCUCACAAUCAGCACAUAUUUGUACAUUUUUAUAUUGUCUCACGGCAUUAGUAAAAUGCCUGUAUGUUAACUCCACAUAUGGGACUGUUAAGAGAUCAUCUUGCAAUGUACAGGUAUUUUGGUCAUGUGGCAUUGUUUUCAGUGUAAAAGCAGGCACUUUGUGAUUUUCGACCACUCACAAUGUUGAAGUUGUGGCUGGAAGAAGGAAAAAAUUAUUAAAAACUCUGGAAAAAAAA